GUUGUGUGGGCGGUGUGUGUGCGCUUGCCAACGUGCUGGGUCGUGAGGUGUGUGAGCUGGAGCAGCUGUGUAUGUCGGGACGGUGGGAAGAAGCCAGUGCUCUGCAGCGACGCCUCAUAGAGCCCAACACUGCUGUGACCAGGAAGUAUGGCGUUCCUGCUCUCAAGCAGGCGAUGGAGUGGUUUGGUUACCACGGCGGCACCUGUCGCUCUCCUCUUCAACCGCUCUCAGAGGCCGAAUCACAGCAGCUCAGACUGGACUUCUCCACCAACGGCUGGCUCUGAAGGGGACAGGGGGCAGGACUGAGUAGAAGACAGGGGACUGGGCCUCUGCUCCAGGUUGAAGUUGGCAUCAUAGAAUGCGUAGAGGACUUGAUAGUUGAAAGCAAUAACCAAUCCAGUCCUUUCACCUAUCAGUGGUCAUGCUGCCUUGCUAUACUCUUGGGACAGACCUCUCCUCUACAAACCUUUCAUCUCCAUGGGAUCACCUGUACAAAUAAAAUACAGAAAUAAACAGACAAAUGAAAAGAAACA